AUGUCUUCUGGGUUUGUUGUAGGAGGUACAACAGAUUAUACUCCGGAAAAGAGCGACGCGGCAUGGCAAAAGGUUAAGCAAGAGCUCGAAGAAUCGCGGAAACGUCGAGCAGACCCAGGGACGCAUGAGGGGGGGAAGAGCCUUUACGAAAUCUUGCAGCAAAACAAAGCCGCGAAGCAAGAAGCGUUCGAAGAGUCCAUCCGGCUGAAGAACCAAUUCCGUACUCUUGACGAAGAUGAAGUUGAAUUCCUUGAUUCUGUACUCGAGUCGACUCGUGCGAAAGAAGCGGCGGUGAAGCAGGAAACCAUGGAACAAUUGGAGAUUUUCCAUCGUCAGCGAGACGAAGCCGAGAAAAAAGCAUUCUUGGAAAGUAACCCCGAAAAUAUGGGCACUGCUGGGUCAGCUGCGGAAGACGAACAAUGGACGAUCUCGACGAGCAAAAAGCGAAGACGACCGAAGGAGCAUGAUGCACUUCCCGGGGUUAAACUGCGAAAAUCUUAUAAUAUUAGCAGCGGGCCUCGCACUGCUAAUAAUGAAACACAUAGCGAUCUUACCGCUCGCAAAGUUGGGAACCAAGCAGAUGUGCGAACAGUCUUGCCUAAGGCAGCUAGUGAUCCAGAGCAGGACGAACCAAAGGAAAAGGCCAUUACGUCCGUGCUGCCGACUACGGCACUAGCCAAGCCAUUUCCUAAAGCAUCCUCUGCACUUGGAUUAGGCGCUUACAGCUCUGAUGAUGAUGAUGACUGA